AUGUCAACAAUUAAAAACCCACAAACAAACAAUAACCAAACCACUUUCGAAGGGGUUGUAUCUGAAAGUGUUUCUGCUUUCAGCUCCUUGGGUACUUCUGGAGGGACGUACAGAAGAGACGAACAAUGUGUUGAGUCAAGAGAGGCCCAGUCAGGGCAAAACAUUGGCAACAAUGACAGUCAAGAUAUCCCAAGGCCUGAUAAAAACUCAUGUUCAGAGUCAAGCACUUUAUCUGCCAAAGUGGUAAAAAAUACAAUGGCAUUGUAUUUAGGUGGAGGAAAUCCACAGACUGGUGCAGACAUGUACUAUAUUACAGGAAAAAUUGUGCUUUAUGUGAUAAACAACACAUUCGAUGCACUUAUUAAUAAGAAGGAUGUUAUUCCUUCAUGGGGUAACUUAACGUCCUUUCAGAAGAAUUAUCUUGUUCACAAGGUCGAGAAAAAAGCCUUGGAGAAGAAUAUAUCCCUUAAUAGACUUAAAAACUCAUGGGUAGUCCGUCAUAUGCUUUCUCAAAAAUGGAGAACUGCGAUAAAUGAUGCAAGAAAGAAAAGAAAGGUAUACUUCUUUAAAUAA